AUGCAUUUGCUAAAUCAAAAGCCUUUUGUUAAUCAAAAUCGUCUGGAAGAUUUAUAUGAAAUACAACAUAAAAUUGGGGAUGGGCACUUUGCUGACGUCAAUCUCAGCAUAUGUAAGAAAACAAAUAAGAAAUACGCUGCCAAAUUUAUCAUGAAACAAAGAUUCUCGUCUGGAUGUCAGGGAUCGAAUGUUUCCGACAUUGAUCGUGAAGCCUUUAUUUUGGCUAACCUUCAGCACGAAAAUAUCGUUAAUUUGCAUGAAGUAUUUUAUCGAGAGGACUCUGUGGUUUUAAUUCUUGACUUAGUGACGGGUGGUGAGUUAUUUGCCCGAGUAGCUGAUUGUGAGCGCCUAUCAGAGGAAGAAGCAUCUAAUUUUGUUCAACAAAUUCUUCUUGGUGUUCAACAUAUGCAUGGCUUGGGCAUAGUUCAUUUAGACUUAAAGCCUGAAAACAUUAUGAUUGAAGAUCUUUCGUCAAGGAAAAUAAAAAUUAUUGACUUCGGCCUAGCACGAGUAUUAAAUCCAAAUGAAAGCUUUCAGGAUAUGGCGGGAACACCCGAAUUCUGUGCCCCGGAAAUUGUCAACUUCGAUCCUAUUACUUUUGCUACAGAUAUGUGGGCUAUUGGGGUAUUAACGUAUAUUUUACUGACUGGCAUUUCACCAUUUGCUGGAGAUACACAACUGGAAACAUUUCAAAAUAUUCUCGAUUGUAUUGUAGACUAUUCAAGGGAGGAGAUUGAAAAUGUUAGUGAUCUUGCCAAAGAUUUUAUUCAAAAGCUACUCGUGAAAAAUCCAAGAAAAAGAGCCACAGUGAACGAAUGCCUUCAACAUCCUUGGAUAAAACCUAAAGAUAAUAAACAGUCUAAUCGUCGACGUGACAGUUUGAUAAGUAGAGAAAAAUUGUCCAGUUUAAGAAAUUUUAUAGCUACAAAUCCAAACAGUAAUUCGUUAUCUGUGAAUAACAGUGGAGAUCAACAAAAUAAACCUCCAUCUUCUCCUACAUCACCCGCGUUUGCUCUUGAACAGGAUGAAAAACCAAGAUUCUCAUUACCGGAUAAUUAUGUCAGCAAGUAUAAUAACAAUAAUACUAACAAUACAUUUAAUCAUGCAUUACCAGAAAAAGGUGAUUCACUUUCAUCAAAUAACCCAGUUGGAAAUAAACAACCACAUAAAAAUGAUUCAAAGCAGAGUACAAAUAGCCAGAAUAACAAUAAUUGUGCUUCUGUUACCAAUACCAGUCAUAAUAAUAAUAAUAGUAACGAUAAUAAUAAUAAUAAAAAUACCAAUACAGAUAAAACUCCACUUGUCAAUCACGUUAUACAGGCGAAAAAUCUUUCCAACUGUAAAAUCUCUGGUAUUGCUCAUUCAACAAAUUCUAACCCAUCACCAUCACAUGUUGAUUCACGUGGAAUCAAUUCUAAAACCAGUGAAAACCAAAACAGUAAUUGUAUCUCUACUUCGAAUUCCCUCACUCCACUAUCUAAUGUAAAGAAAUCCAGCCCAAUGAAUUCAUUUCUUGAUAGCGCACCCUCAUUUCCGUAUAAUUCGCCUCCUCCCACAACUAGUAUGAAGACUUUUAAAGGUAUUCCUGCAAUAAAUCCGAGUAAUUCCAAUAGUUUGUUAGCUGACAAGUCUUCAUCUGUUAGUAAUACCAAUGCAGGUGGUUGGCGUACAACCCUUCAAAACAAUAUUAUUGGUCGAUUGGGUGCAGCAUUUGCUGCCGCCACUGGACAUGUUACUACAACGACAACAAUAGCUACUACCACUACCACUACUUUUACAUAUCAUAAUGAGACUGGUUCAACAAAUUCUAAAAUAUCAAAUAAUGAUAAAUCAGUUUAUUCAAGUGAUAAAACUCACAAUACUAAUACAUUGUGCUAUCUGCCUAAAUCUGUAACUGAUUUAAAGUCUAAAGUACAAGUGGACAACAAAGUGAAUUCCUAUCAAUCUGUAAAUACGACAAUAUAUCAGACUGAAGUGACUUCCUCCGAUCAUAGAUCAUCCUCAACGUCUACUGUUACAACUGUUUCAACAAAUCAAAAGCUUAGUUUUGUUCAGCUAACCAGUAAAGAGAUGGAAAGUAAAGUUAGUGAACGCUCAAAAACCUCAAAUAAAAAUAUUAGUUCAUCCUUUGGUGUAGUUUCUAGAGCAGUGAAAGAAUUGGAAAUAACACCUAGUCCAAUCAGUAAUAUAGUUUCUACUUGCAAUAAUAAUAAUAAUAAUAAAAUAAGUGAAUCGAAAAUUGUUCGUCGAUUUCAAAGUCUGGGGAUGAAUCAGUUAACCGAAAUAACCUGUAUUAAUGGAUAUCCAAAUGAAAAGAUCAAUCCACAUCGAGGACCAAUAUGCAAUCCAUCGAAUAGAAUAAUGGUCAGUAAAUUACAAGAAAUUUUUGAAAGUGGCAGUAAAAAAGAAAUAGUCAGUAGUCGAAACAGUCGAACAACGGAAUCGUCUGUAUCACCCAUCACUGUCAAUAGCAAUAAUAAUAGUGUUAAAACGAGCAAUCCUACCGGUAGACAUGCUUCUUCAACAAACCCAAAAACUGGUUGA